GAGCCCUCCCCCUCUUUUCCCAUUUCCCAUAGUGAUAGCCUGCCCUGCAGCAUCGCCCUUCUGUUUCUCUCUGCUACUCCCACUCUGCCUAAAAGGGCCCAUCUUCUCCUUCUUCUUCUUCUUCUUCAUUGAUCUCUCUGGUUCAGGGUCUCGAUUCUGGUUUUCUUGAAUCAGAUAUCGGACUACCCUUUUGCUCCGCUAAGCUAUUUAGCCAUUCUUGGUUUCUGGGCAGUUCCGAAUUCCUGGCGAAAUAUCGUUCUCGACUCACAAAAGUUGAAUCUUGAACUGAUUCUCCAGGCUGGGUUGGAGAUUCCGAGCCCAGUCCGUACGCCUACCCCGACCUUUCUAUUCCUUGGAAAAGUUGCGGUUCUUCUUCUUCUUCCGUCUUCAUGCUUAACCUCUUGUUCUUGAUGUUUGAGAUCCAUGUCUCCAAUUCUCUGUGAAAUCCUCCUCUCAGAGUGUAUGAUAAGUUCCUCAUUCAGGCGCAGGACCCACCUAGUUCAAUCCUUCUCCGUCGUCUUCCUCUACUGGUUGUACUACGUUUCAUAACCUCUGCUGCAAAUCCCCGUUAAUUAGCCGCUAUAUCUAUCUCUCUAUUAUAUCACCAUAUCUAUUUCCCGAAAUAAUCCGAAACAUUUGCAAAACUACUAGCUGGGUCCUGCUAUAAGCCUUAUAAUUAAUCUACUAUUUGCUGUAUAUUGGGUCUCAAGCAAUUUGCACGAAGCCACAAACUAUUGGCAGUCAAUCUCAUGGGUUCCUCGAGCGGGACAUCUUCAGGGUCAACCCUGAUCCAGAACUCGGGAUCGGAGGAGAAUUUGCAAGCCUUGAUGGAUCAGAGGAAGAGGAAGAGGAUGAUCUCCAACCGCGAAUCGGCGAGGCGGUCUCGGAUGAGGAAGCAGAAGCUCCUGGACGAUCUGAUGAUUCAGGCGGCUCAGCUCAGGAAAGACAACCACCAACUGGGGAACAACGUGAACAUCGUGAGCCAGCAUUGCAUGAGCCUGGAGACCGAGAACUCCAUCUUGAGAGUCCAGAUGAACGAGCUCACCCACAGGUUGGAGUCUCUGAACGAGAUCCUCGGUUUCCUGAAUGCAGGAAGUGGCGGCGGAUUCUACGGUGGCGGAUCAGGACAUGGUGGGUUCGGAUCACCUGAAGAAGUUGGUGGUGGCGGCGGCGUGACGGAUCAGCCUAUCGAGUGCUUCUUCAACCCAAUGAGUUGUGCUUAUGUUGGGAACCAGCCUAUCUUGGCAUCUGCAGACAUGUUCCAGUAUUAAUCUCAGACGAGAGAGAGAGAGAGAGAGAGAGAACUUGAGAUCUGAUCUAUGUCAUGAAGCAGCAGCAGCAGCUAGGCAGUGAUUUUUAGUUUGUGUUUGGUAAGAGUGUGAGGGGAUAAAUGGGUUUUGGGCUGUAAAUGGGGAAGGGUUGCUUGCCAUUGAUUGAAGAACUGUGUCUGUAAUUGUCCAGUUUAGUAAUGAUACCUACUAGAUGUUAAUUCUAA